UACAAGUAUGCGCAAUUUAGGUAUACGCUAAGAAGAGACCAAAUAAGAAACAGUUUGUUGUAUAUCAUUUCUUCAUGUUUUAUUUAACGCGUUAUACAAUACAAUUAUAUAAUACUGUUAUCGAAGUAAUUAGACCACUAACCACAUUGGUAUAAGCUUAGGUUCACUUUUACUCGAUUCAUUUAUUGUUGAAACAGUGUACACGUGUAGAAUAUUCAGAUUCGUGCUCAAUUUUUCUAGUGUAAAGACAAUUUUGAACUUAAAUUACAUAACCCGAUGGUACAUGCUGCCUCUUCAUUGGGAAGUUCAUGAUUCCAAAGGCUGGAGGAUUGUGGAAGGCAUCACACUUUAUUUGGAAAACAACAUUCAUAAGACCUCAGUUCCAGCCAUAUGUCAGAAUGUCCAGCUCCCUGAUACGUGACAAAGCAUACAUUAAUGGACAAUGGACCUCGGCAAAAAGUGGCGCUACUUACAAUGUGACCAAUCCAGCGACCGGUGAGGUGGUUGGCACAGUGCCAGACAUGGAUGUCCGCGACACAGUAGCAGCCAUAGAGACAGCAUAUAAAAGAUUCCAGACAUUUAAGAAAACUACUGCAAAAGAGCGCAGUGAAAAGCUCAAGGUUGCAUACCGGCUGAUUUUGGGGAACAUAGAUGAGCUUGCCCGUAUCCUUACACUGGAAAAUGGGAAGCCACUUGCUGAGUCGAAAGGGGAGAUAAUGUAUGGUGCAUCGUUUUGUGAGUGGUUCGCAGAGGAAUGCCGUCGUGUGCAGGGCACCAUCGUACCCAGCCCCUUCCCUACUAAGAAGAUCUUCACUUUGAAACAGCCAAUAGGAGUGUGCGGGAUGAUAACGCCUUGGAAUUUCCCGAAUGCGAUGAUAACUCGAAAGGCGUGUGCUGCCAUUGCAGCAGGGUGCACUGUGGUGUUGAAGCCUGCAGAAGACACCCCUCUCUCUGCACUGGCAUUGUGUGAGCUGUUUGAUAGGGCUGGUAUACCAGCAGGAGUGAUGAACGUGGUCACAUGUAACCGUGGCAAUGCCCCUGCCAUAGGCAAAGUGCUCUGUGAGAGCCCUCUGGUCUCUCAUAUAUCCUUCACUGGCUCGUCUGCUGUAGGCAAGAUUUUGUUGCGUCAGUCAGCUGAAACAGUGAAGAAGUGUAGCAUGGAGCUGGGAGGGAAUGCCCCGUUCAUCGUGUUUGACUCUGCAGACAUUGAGGUGGCUGUGAGGUCGGCAAUGGCCUGCAAGUUCAGGUGUGCUGGACAGACAUGUGUGUGUGCCAACAGAUUUCUUGUUCAGGAAGGAAUACAUGACAAGUUUGUUGAGAAAUUAACGGCAUCUAUUAAACAGGAUGUGAAGAUUGGAAACGGGAUGGAAUCAGGGGUCACUCAGGGACCUCUUAUCAAUAAAAGGGCUGUGGACAAGGUGGACAGUUUUGUGGAGGAUGCCAGGAAGCAGGGAGCCAAUGUUCAUGUGGGGGGCCAGAGGAGCAGCCUAGGGGACACAUUUUAUGAGCCUACGCUGUUGUCGGGGGUGACAUCAGACAUGCUGGUCUCCAAGGAGGAAAUCUUUGGACCCGUGGUGGGCAUCGCAAAGUUUAAGACGGAGGAGGAAGCCAUUAUUCUGGCCAAUGGGACAUCAGCCGGCUUGGCAGGUUACGUGUUCACAAGUGAUGCGUCCCAGCAGUGGAGGGUGGCAGAGGCGCUGGAGUAUGGCAUAGUGGGGCUCAACGAGGGGCUCUUCUCGUGUUGCGAGGGGACAUUUGGGGGCUUCAAGGAGUCGGGGCUUGGCAGGGAGGGGGGCAUAGGGUAUGGCAUAGAGGAGUAUAUUGAGGUCAAGUACCUCUGCAUGGGCAUGAAGUAAGGAACUGGGCCCUUGGUGAGGUAGAAGUGCUUUGUACGGGGAUGUAGUAAUUUGAGUUUGGAAAAUGGUGAAAAAAAUAAGUCUUUGUGGGGAUCAGGUUGUCAUUACGUAUUGAAACAAU